AUGACUUUCAAGCGUUACCAUCUCGAGGAUGGCUUCACAGAAGCGCACUACGAUUUGAUGUUUCCCGACACGGAACCCGCUCCAAAGCGACAGCUCGCCUGCGUGGGAUCGACGCCGAACCCAAAGCACGACAGCCAGGCGGUAACUCGUCAACCCGUCCCUGGACCACCGCCGCCCACCGCCUGCCAGAGGACCUUCAACGUUCCCGAAUUGGCUGAGGAGAUUCUGCUUCACCUCCCACCUCAGAACCUAUUAUGCCAGGUGCAGCGCGUGUGCCGCCAGUGGCGACGCACAGUCGAGUCGAGCGAGUUGAUUCAGCAAUAUCUUUUCUUUCGGCCCAUACCACAAUCGUGCGAGCUCGUUGAGCAGCGAGCUCUCAUCUCCACGAGCGAGCUGGAACACACAGGUGGACAUGGUCACGAGAUAGAAUUCUUCGAGCCGUGGGCGUCUGGUGUGCCUAUCUUGGAGAAUCCAUGGCUUUACCUACUCUCAAGCGAUGCCGACCAGACCAAGCAGCUUCAUUGCUAUCCGGAAGCGUCGUGGAGGCGCAUGCUGCUGACGCAACCGCCCAAAGAAUAUGAAACUGGUCGCGCCUGGCUGCUUCAAGAUUCAGCGCUCUACAAAGAACAGUGGUACCCCAAUUGGGACACAUGGCAGCCGGUCCUCAAGUUCGACACUCUGCGACGCGCAAAGAAGCUUCGUCGUCAGGAUGAGAUAUUUGUGGAAUUCGAUUUGGCGGAGUACAUCACAUUUUCUGCCUGGGUCGCCGACGGCGCCAUUGAUGUCUUUCAUAACAGGGAAUUUUCUAUCGAAUAGCCGACAGGGCCCUUGCUUUACUGCU